CGCGCUCGGCGCAGGGCGCAGAUGGCAGCGACAAGUGCCGGCUCGCCUCGGGCUAGCGGGUCUCCCCGGGGCGGCUGCGCCUGACAAUAACGCGUAAAUAACUUUUUCUUGCAGCGGCCCCAGCGCCCCGGCCUGCAGCGGCCCCGCGCGCCCGCGCCCCACCACGCCCCUCCGACUCCCCGCUCCCUCCGAGGUGAGAGCGCUUCGGGCCGGUGCGGUGAUCUCCGGCCGGCCUGGGCGGAGCGCGUGGACCGGCGGGCGGCGGCGAGCAGCCGGCGAGCGCCUUUACAAUGGCCCUGACCCUGUUUGAUACAGAUGAAUAUAGACCUCCUGUUUGGAAAUCUUAUUUGUAUCAGCUGCAGCAGGAAGCCCCUCAUCCUCGAAGAAUUACCUGUACUAAUGAGGUUGAAAACAGACCAAAGUAUUAUGGAAGAGAAUUUCACGGCAUGAUCUCCCGAGAAGAAGCAGACCAGCUCUUGAGUGUAGCUGAGGGGAGUUACCUCAUUCGCGAGAGCCAGCGUCAGCCAGGGACCUACACUUUGGCUUUAAG